GCCGUAAAACUCUGACUAAAACUAAAAUGCACCGUGCAAGUUGCGGUGAAAAUUAAAGUACAAGGAAAUACAUGAACAAAUCUAGAAGAAAAUUAAAGGGGGAAUAAAGCAGUUACGGUCACCCUAAACUCAAGACACAUGACGCCAGAACAUGUAUACGGAGUGGAGACCACAGGGGAGACCUCUCCAAUAUUUUGGUUGUUAUGGAAGGGAAAGCACUCUGAAUUCCACGCUUCCGCGAAAUUCUAAAUAAAAUUUGUAAGCAGUUGUACUGUUGGAGUAGGUGACAAUCUCCGUAGACUAUAGGUGCUGUUGAUUUGUUGAAAAGAUGCAAAACUGUUGUUGUUAUUAAAUAAAGGUUCAUCACUCUUCCAGUAGGCACCAUAAUGACACAGUCUGUCAUUGUUCAAGUGGGACAAUGUGGCAAUCAGAUCGGCUGCCGUUUCUGGGACCUUGCUCUACGAGAACAUGCGAGUGUUAACAAAAAUGGCAUUUACGAUGAAUCCAUCGGCAGUUUCUUCAGAAAUGUUGAUGGUCGCCACGACGACCCAGCUGAUAUACCUGUUGGCACUGGAACAGGAAAGAUCAAAUCUUUAAAAGCUAGAGCUGUGCUUGUAGACAUGGAGGAAGGCGUGGUCAGUGAGAUGAUGAAAGGUCCGCUUGGGGAAGUGUUUGACUGCAGGCAGCUCCUCACAGACGUCUCGGGCUCGGGAAACAACUGGGCCACGGGGCAUCACUUGUACGGCACACAGUACAAGGAGCAGAUCUCUGAAGUCGUCAGGCGGGCGGCCGAGUUCUGCGACUGCCUCCAGUGUUUCUUUGUGCUGCAUUCAAUGGGUGGAGGCACUGGUUCUGGCGUUGGCACGAGUAUCCUGGGCUUACUGGAAGAUGAGUACCCGGAUGUGUACAGGUUUGUGACUGCUGUGUACCCGUCAUCGGAAGAUGAUGUGAUUACCUCCCCCUACAACGCGGUGCUCGCCAUGAGAGAGCUCACGGAGCACGCAGACUGUGUACUUCCCAUCGAGAACCAGGCCUUGGUGGACAUAGUGAACAAGAUCAGCCAGGCCGCCCCGCCCACCCGCCCGGGCAAGCGAGUGUUCUCAGAGCAUGCGGUCAAGCCGGACAGUGCCCUCAGCACAGGGGCAGGCGGGGUUGUGAAAGACGAGAAGCCUUUUGACCAGAUGAACAACCUGGUCGCCAAUCUGCUGCUCAAUCUCACCAGUUCUGCAAGAUUUGAGGGAUCUUUGAACGUGGACUUGAACGAGAUCACUAUGAACUUGGUUCCUUUCCCUCGCAUGCACUACUUGAUCGCCAGCCAGACGCCUCUGUUCUGUUCCGCUGACGUCAAAAUGCCUCCUCGCAGACUGGACCAGAUGUUCACGGAUGCAUUCGCCAGAGAUCACCAAAUGGUGCGAGCCGAUCCGCGCCACAGCGUGUACCAAGCAUGUGCUCUGAUGGUGCGAGGAGAUGUGCAGCUGUCUGAUAUUCGCAGAAACAUUGACAGACUGAAGCCCAACCUUCACUUCGUUCCGUGGAACCAGGAGGGUUGGAAGACGGGCCUGUGCUCCGUGCCACCCGUGGGGCAGCCACGCUGUCUCCUGUCCCUGGCCAACAACUCAUGCAUACACCAGACUUUCUCCGAGAUACGCGACCGCUUCAGCAAGCUGUACAAGCGCAAGGCUCAUUUGCAUCACUACAACCAGGUGGAGGGAAUGGACAGUGGUCAGUUUGCCGACAGUCUGGAGUCUCUGACAUCAGUCAUAGAACAGUACCGGGAUCUGGAGACAGCUAUGAACCAGCCCGUAGUAGCUGAACCCAGGCUCAAAGUGUUUUCUUGAUAUAUGCUUUGUGAGUGUGUGUGUGUGUGUGUGUGCGAGGGUGUGUGUGUGUGUGUAUGUGCAGGCUUUGCCCACCAUACGUGUGUGUGUGUGCAUGUUUGCGCCUGUGUGUGAGUAUUUUUGUAUGUGUGUGUUUCUCUUUGUUCAUUAAAGCGUUGGUGCUGCUGUCAUUGUCGU